GAGCUCCUCGCUUAUCUGUUCUCGGCCUGCGGCGUAGCGGCUUGUCAUUUCUUACCCGCGUGACUUGGACAAAGUGCGAUACAAGGCGCACCCGAGUGGCUGGUAUCGAAUUUCUAGAGAAGUUGUAUCAAGAUCGACGCCAGCCGCUUCGAGGCUUCUCCGCCAAAUGCGUUCCUCCUUGGCUCUUGUCUUUGUCGAAGUCACUGCCUAUCAAGCUGUCGGCGAAAACGCUUGCAUCAAUCAUUGACCGCGUGGAUGUGGCAGUGGUGAGGGAGCUUGCGGCUUUUCAAUCACUCCAUUGCAAUGGACAAGAUGUAGUGAGCAUUCAGUUUUGGAAAGGCCAGUACUUGCUGCCGUCCAACAUCCGCAAGUCAAAUGCCUCGGGUAUGUCUGAGUUCACGCCAGAGUCGCAGCUCUGGUUCGUUCAAAGAAUGAAUCUGGAAGUGCUGAAAGAGAAGGAAACCCGGCUGAAGCCAGACAAUGACGGCGCAUCAACUGACGCAAAGUUGUCAUGGAAUUGGGUGCCAGAGUCCAAACGAGCUCGUCUUCGCGAGCUGGCUAUCAAGUUGGCCAAGUCCGGCAUCCACCAGGAAGAAUCAGCUAUCAAGGAAGCAGUUCUGGCUGCGUGGGCCAGCAGGGAACUAGAUGGUGACCUCGAGGCAGGGACGCCUUUGAGGCUGUGGACGAGCUACGCGAGAGCCUCUGCUAGAAAGGUUGCGCAGCAGCAGCAGCUGGCGCAUCAACAAAAGAUUUUGCAGCAGCAAAAAGUUCGAGAGGAGGCGGAGAAAUUGAAAAUGGCUGCUCAAGAAAACAGCGCAGCAUGGCAUGAGGCCAACGUCCAGCUAUUUCAAGCGGAAGCCAGCAAAUACAUGCUGCAAUUCCAGGAGAAGCUGCUGCCCUUGAUCCGGGAAGCUGCUAAGAGUUUGACAUUAGGAGCAAAAAAAGAGGAGUCUGUCUCCCAACCUGGUUUCUCCUACAUUCCAUCCUUGAAGGCAAAGACAUCUGGAGAAGAUGAGCGAUUGGGCGCAACGAUCAUCAAUUGGCUUGCAGACACCCUUGACGGAGCAGCAAUCCUGGUUCUCCGACCAUCGACGACCGAAAGCUGCUGGGCAAUGCUGGCUGCCAUCGUGGCCUUCUUGCGGCAGGCUUCUGGAUCUCCUGGUAGCAGCAAGCUUGAGUAUCGCUUGUGCACCGCGAAUUUGCCAGGCAAAGAUGGAAGUGAAGGCUGGCUUCCCGUCCUAUGCAUUUCAGCUCCCAUUUCCUCUGGGGUUUCACAGCGCUUGCAGCAGUCCAAGCCUUGGCAAACUGGCAAGAUCAUUGGAGAGUUCCUUGUCAAGGAGGCCAAGAACGGAAAAUCGAAGCGGUUCAUGGGUGACCAGCUCCCUGGUGAGUGCUUGCAUUCGUUGCUUCAGGCACUUUCGAUUAUCCCCCUUCUCCCUGGAGAGCACGUCUGCGAGCUUGAGCCUGGCACCGAACUACUUGCGGCCUGCUUCAGCAACAGCAAAGAGCUCUAUGAGAAGGAGCGCGGUUCUGGCGGAUGGCUGGGCGCACAUGUUCAUCCUUCCCCUGCCAAAGAAGCAACUAUCAAGGAAGCGCUCCAAAGGCAGUCGCGGGAGCAUAAGAUAAAGAGGAGGCAGCUUCGGGAAGCCAAGUCUGUGACAGAUGUGGCUUUGGGCGCAGUGGCUGAAGCAGUUGCUCUGUCGGAGAUGCUCCCAGAUUGCCUCGGCGCUGCGCCAAAGCUACUGGUGGAUGACCACAACUUUUUCGGCUUGUGCCAGGCCAACUUCACCACUGCCUCUUCUGGACUACAGGUCGAGAUACCUGAUCAGAAAGACAAAGGGCUGACAACGAUGAGAAGCGUUCAAUACAGUGAUCAAGAAUUGCAGCUGGUCAGCGAUGCAGGCGCUGCCCUCGCAUGCCUCGGGCUGAACAAAGCCGCGUUGAGCCUCUUCGGGCUCUCACAGGAAGGAGGCCCUCAAGAAUUGUCGCGCUUUGGGGCUACCGCAUCCUCCCUUAGCAUUGUCAAUCGAUGGCGGCCUGGAAUGAGACUGCUGCAGGCUAGAGCGGCUUUUGUGCCACUGGAUGGCGAAUGUCGAGAUGACCUUGCGUCAGAAAUGCUCGAGGUCUUGGUUUGGGAUCCCAGCUGGACAGCCUUCUGGCAAAAGCUGCUUGCAAGCACCCAGGAGUUGGCCAGUGGACAGAAUGUGGACGAGAAGUUGUUCCAGCACCUUUGUGAGACAGCAAGACAGAAAGCGAAAUCUACCCGUGUGGAAGAACCGCGGAACCUUCGCCCUGUACAG